GGAGCGCCUCUCGCCGGCCAGAAGAGCCACCGCCGUUUUCUCUCGGAAAACCAAAUCAGGGAAGGAAUCUAUGGUGUGUGGCUCUUUUUUUUUUUUAAAGAUAAUUAAAAAACCUUGAUCGGAAUUUCCUUUCGACACCCCCCCCGAAUGGACCGGAUCGGCUGGCAGGGAGGGAUGGAUCGGGUCCUUCCUCCUCCUUCUCCGAGAGCGCAAAGGGUAAGACCAUAAAGAGAAGUUUUGCGUUCGUCCUCUGCGCCUUCUGUCUGAGAAGAGGACCGGCCUUCUGCUUCUUGGAUCCAACAUGUCGACGCCAUUUGCCGAUUGCAAUGGAGACACUGCAGUGUCACGUUGAGUUCCCGCUGACCACUCUGACCGGCGAUUUUCUACUCCAUCCUGGUUGAAUCUCUUUGGAAAAGGACCCACACCUUCUUGUCUUCCUGGUGGCCUCCUUGCCUCUGUGAUGAUGGCCCCCAGCCUGUUGGUUGCAUCUGCGUUGUUGGUGUGCACCUUGUUACAUGUGGUGGGUUCUCAGAACCACAUCAAGAACCCAAAGGGGCCGAUGAGGGAACGCGCCCUCCUGAUCAAUGAGGUCAAUGCUGAUAAUCCCGGAGAGGAUGCCCUGGAAUAUUUGGAACUGUAUCAUAGCAGUGGCCAACAGGCCCCUCUCGAUGGCUACUCCGUCGUUCUCUACAAUGGCAAUGGCAACACAGCCUACUAUGUCAAACCUCUUGAAGGCCUCUCCACCGACAACCAAGGCUUCCUCCUCCUCGGAUCUUCCGCGGUGGUCCCGAGACCCAAAGUCAUUCUUCCAAAAAACACAAUCCAGAACGGACCAGAUGCCAUCGCUCUCUAUUUUGGACGGAGAGACUUGUACAGGGGCAUGAACGUUACCAGCGAGGGCUUGGUGGAUGCUUUGGUCCACAAAUCUAAAGCAAGCGACCGAGCGGAUGACUUGGUCCGUAUUCUGACCCCCGGGGUGGAGCCGUUCCUUGAGGACCCUCUCUUCAGGACCACCGACGAAUCGCUGGAGAGGUGCCAAAGGCUGGGUUCUCAGUGGUUUUUCCAAGUGGGUGCCCCUACCCCCGGCUGGGAUAACCACUGUAUUCCUUUUGCACAACUAAACGCCUCCUCCGUGUUGCUCAAUGAGGUCAAUCCUGUGGUUGAGUUCGUAGAGCUGCAGGGGCUUCCUUCCACCGAGGUGAAAGACCUGGUGCUGGUCUUCGUUAAUGGGAGCAACCAGAUUAAUUUUGUCAUGGAAGUACAUGGCAAGACCUCUCCUGAUGGCCUGCUUCUCCUUGGCUCAGAUCAUCACAAACAUACAGUUGACCUGGCUUUCCCCAGCAACUCCAUGAAACCCCCCUUCGGAGCCAACACCAGCGCUGUUGCCCUGUUCAGAGGGAGUGCCCGCAGCUUUGCUGUGGGGGAUACCGUGUCGACUGUUGGCCUUCUGGAUGCCUUGGUUUACACAGUGGGUGAGCGCACGGAAUCAAAGCUGCAGGACACGUUGACCCAUGGGAAGCCUCCUUUCCAUGUGAAAGAAGAAUCGUUGUCCAACUGCUCAUCCAUCAGCCGGUGUGUCUGCUGCAGCCUCACCCGGGAUCCUUCUGCCUACGUUCUCGACCUGCCCACGCCAGGGCAAUUCAACGACUGCCCCAAGAAGCGCUUCGGUCAAGAUAUUUCCUUGUGCUUUCAAGUACCAGAUUGCCCGAAAGACAUCCCAGUGGAAAGUGAGAUUCUCGCGUUUUUGUCCCUGGCCUUGGAGAAGCAGUGUGGCUGCAGAGUGUUUCCUGCUUAUUUCAAAGAUCCGGUUGUGACUUGCCAGGAUGGAGGACUGGUGUUCACGGCUCAGCUGACGGCUAGAUCAGCCCCACAGCUUCAGAGCUUGCUGCAGGCCCUUUCGAUCAUCUUGCAGAGCAAGGAGGCAGUGAGGUUCAGGAAAUGGAACAGCACGGCGGUCCAGUCUUGCUCGAGUGGGGCGAACAUGACCGAAAGUCCUUCAGGGGUAACAUCUGAGGAGCCAAAGACGAUCCAGACCACACAAGCUCCUCGCGUGGAGUUGCUGAUCAAUGAGGUGAAUCCCGACAACCCAGGUUCUCGAGAGGAUACGGAGUACGUUGAACUUUUCUAUCCUGGCCCAGCGCCGUUUGAGCUCCGAGACUACUGGCUCGUUCUUUACAAUGGCAAGAACGACCUUGCUUACCAGGUGGUAAGCCUGGGGGGCCACCGUACGGACAGGUGGGGCUAUUUCCUGGUGGGUAGCUCUGGGGUGGCCCCCACGCCCUCCAUUGUCUUGCCUGACAACACCAUCCAGAACGGAGCAGAUGCGGUGGCCCUCUACCGCAGCACCAAACCCAUCUAUCAAGUCAACAUGCCCGUGACCGCCGAGGGGCUGGUGGACGCGGUGGUGUACACCGCCCGGGGGUCGUACCGCGCCGAGAAGCUCCUUGAUAUCCUAACUCCGGGACAGAGUAUCCUGUACGAAAACGAUUCUCACAGCACUCAAGACGAGUCUCUCAGUCGAUGUCGAAGCCUGAGGCCCCGAGACCACAGUAGCUUCCAGGUGGCGGAAAUAACUCCUUUCCGUGAAAAUGCUUGCACGGCGGUUGCCCCAAACGCCACGGAAGAAGCACCCCGCAGUCAUUCCAUGGUGAUCAAUGAAGUGGGUGUGGCAACCGGCACAGCGCUGUACCAGUUUGUUGAGCUGAAAGGACCCUCGGGGGCCAGCUUGAAAGGGUUUUCCUUGAUGUUCUUUUCUGGUCAUGAGGCCAAGCCGUACGCCAGUCUCCAACUGCAGGGCACAUUCGGAAGCAACGGGCUUUUUGUCGUGUCACCAGGACAGUCCAGCGAUGGCCACAGUCAUGAACAGCUGGUGAAGCCCUCUCUUUGGAGCGAUCCCUCCUCACAUCAGAAGAGCCAUGGGGUCGCUCUGUUCAGGCAUACGCAGGCUCGGAAGGGCGCACACGUUCCUGAUGAGAUUGUGGAAGACGUGGUGGUCUUCUCCUGGGAGACUGGCACCAGCCGAGAUCAGCCUGGCCUUCCUGGACCCAUCUAUCUCAUACCUAGGAAAGGAGAAAGAUGGCUGUCCUUAAGCCGCUGUUCUUCCUGCAACGAAACCUUUGCCGUCUCGGAUCCCACACCUGGCUUGGAGAAUCAGUGCCCUCAGCCACCUCAGCCAUCCCUGGAUCUCCGAAUGUGCCUGCUGACACCCAAUUGUUCCUUGUGGCCUCCGAGUCCUCCCGUUCUGGCUAGUCUCCAGCGUGCGUUGGUGAGAUCUAUGGAGGAGAGCUGUUCCUGUGGAGUCUCAUCCUGCUAUAUACAAGAGCUUCGUUUCACCUGCCUCGAUUCGAUCCUGAAGCUCUCUGGCCAGAUCUUGACCAGGUCAGAGGAACAGCGGCAGCUGCUUGCUCGGUGGCAGGCGAAUUUUUCUGCAAGUCCCAACCCCUUUCCUGUGGACGGGAGGCUCCUCAAAGUAAACACAGCGUGCCCAUCUCCAAACAGAAUGGAACCGAGCCUUAAAGGACAUUCGUUUCAACCUUGGGAGACCGCUCUCAUUGUCGUGGGCUCCGUUUCGCUCGCCCUGCUCUUAGGAGCGCUGGCCGUUUAUUACUUAAAAAGACGGCCUCAUAAUUACAACACCAUUGAGAUGAACGACCGUUGUGAAAUUAUGGCGGACAUCUAACCCUGCCAGGAAAAGGCUAAAUCUGGAACCGCUGAGGAGCAACAGAACUAUCUCAAGUAUGGCAGCUCAAGACACCUGGCGCGGAUGACCAGGGAAUGUAACACUGCCCACGUCAAAGCCAUGGAUUUAUUUAUUAUGAUCUUUCCCUUUCCAUCUUUAGUAGGACAGGUAUAAAAGUAUGUCUGAAAUCUG